CCAAAAUUCCAAAACAGCAACAAUUUAAUACAAACAAAUUUUAACAUUAUGUAUAUAUAAUGAUAUUUUGCUGCUAACUUCAGAUCCAAGACCAAUUACCGACCUUACUUACAGUACUUUCUUGAAGAAGUGACAUGGCGACGGCGGCGGCGGAGGCGGAGGAGCCGGCGGCGAGAACGACGGCGCGGUCGCUGAUAUUCGUGUACGGCACCCUAAAAGAGGGAUUCCCCAAUCACUCCCUCCUGCAAGACAUGGUAGCCACGGGGGACGUCGCCGCCCACGGCCCCCGCCGCACCGUCCACCGUCUCCCCCUCGUCUGCGGGCCCUACGGUAUCCCCUUUCUCCUCAAUUUUCCCGGCCACGGCCACCGCGUCUCCGGCGAGAUCUACGCCGUGUCCCCGGCGGCGCUGGCGAAAUUGGACGAGCUAGAGGGCAUCCUGGAGGGCCACUACGAGAGGCUUCCGAUUGAAAUUGAAUCUGAAGAGGCGGCGCCGGUGGAAGCCUACUUCGGCCAUCACAGCUUUGCGGAGGCGCUGUGGAGGAGGAGCCAUGGCGGAGAGGUCUGCUGCUACACCGAGGGCGCCGCCAGGGGAUACGUCGGCCGCCGCCAUCGGCCACCACAUAUCACUUUUCUGCAGCAUAUCCACACCUAUGUUUCUUCUUCCUCUUCUUCGUCUUCUUCGCCUCGUUGAUGUACACUGUUUCGCCUUUAGGAUGGAAUAUAAAAUGAAUUUGUAUUGUUUUCCAUCAAAAUUGAAAGAAUACGAAGGAAAGAGAAAAA